AUGGCAAACCUUACUAGUAGUUCUGCUAGCUACUCUUUGAGAUUGAUUUACUUCUAUUAUUCUCACAAGUGUGAAACAAGUUCUGGUUCUCUAAGGUUCAGAAUGUCUCAGCAAUCAAAUGAUGAAUCUCCCGUUUUAAACUCAGCGGCACUGGAGGAGUCCUCUAACCCUAAUAGGGUCCUUAAGGUUGUCCCUUUAAGGACGAUUAGCAGUGACGAAGUAAAGGCCACUAAGCCUAAAAUAACUCAUGCAAAACGAUCCAAGGAGGGUAUUCACAACAAGGGUACCAAAUCCUCAGCAUCUUCUACCAUGGAGGAACUUACUAAAGAAGGAUCUAAGUAUGUCGAUAGCGCAAUUACCAGGAUUGUUAAUCGUAUUCUGAAGGAGAAUCAUCAAGUGUCUGGAAUAUCUAUUCCUCUUCAAACCAUAAUAGCUGAUCCCCUCAAUAACACCGUUGAUAGUGACCUAGAAAUCAACAAGGAUGAACAAGGGGUUACUAAGAAUACCAAUGUCACCGAGGAUGUCAAUGACAUUGACAAUAAUGAGCACCCUAAGGCCAAUACUGAAACUGAUACUAAUGUGGUACACUUAUAUGAGUACUCUGACGACGAAUUACUUACCUCCUUGAAUCCGAGUGUAGCCAACAGGCUAAUGACAAGAAGAAAAGAGCGGGAAAUUGUUGAACCUGAAUCUGAUGUUGAAGUAAAUGUACCUGACAUUCCAUCAAGGAAGAAGCCUACAACCAGUAAGCUUGCUGCUAACAUCCCUGAAGUUCCCAUUGAUAAUGUGUCUUUCCACUAUGCCUCUAGUGUCAGCAGAUGGAAAUAUGUUCUCCAAAAGAGAUUGGCUGUUGAAACAGAAUUGGCUCCAAAUGCUCUUGAGAACAAGGAGAUCUUAGAGCUGAUUCAAGAAGCUGGACUGCUAAAAACCGUGUGCAAUCUUCCCAAAUAUUAUGGUGAUAGAAGAAGUGCAGACUACAGAAAGGUGUUUGUAAGAGGUAAGUGUGUAUCAUUAUCUCCUUCUGUGAUUAAUAAAUUCUUGGGAAGAACAGAUGAAGUUCAAGCUGAGCUGGAAGUAACAGACAACCAAGUCUGUCAAGUGAUCACAGCCAAGCACGUAAAAAUCUGGCCCAUGAAAGAGAAGCUAACUGCAAGUAAGCUGAGCAUCAAGUAUGCAAUGCUUCACAAAAUAGGAGCAGCUAACUGGGUUCCAAUAAAUCACAAGUCUACUAUCUCAACUGUGCUUGGUAGAUUUCUGUAUGCUGUAGGAACAAAGGCAAAGUUUGACUAUGGAGCAUAUAUUUUCGACCAAACCAUGAAGCAUGUUGGAAGCUUCAGUAUUAAGGGUCCAAUUGCCUUUCCAUCCCUCUUGAGUGGUGUAAUUCUGGAUCAAUAUCCAAACAUUCUCAAUGAACAUGAUGUAGUGUGCAAAAGAGAAAGUCCUUUGGCUUUCCAUUACAAACUGUUUCAAGGAAAGCAUGUUCCAGACAUUGUCAUAACAUCAGCUGAAACUUCCAAAUCUGGAGCAUCAGUCGGUAAAGCAGAAGUCAUAACAAUACUAAAGGAGACUUGCAAAGAACUGGAAGCUAGAAAAACGUCUCUUGAACAAAUGAUACGUACUCUGGAAAUGGAUGAGAAUGAGGAGUUUGCAGAUACAGAAGAGAUGGAAGAUAAAGAUGGUCAAGAAUUGGAAGAAGAAAGUGUUAGUCCUGCUGAUGACUCUGAGACAGAAAAUUCUUCUGACACCUCAGUUAGAUCUGACUCUGAGCAGUAA